CAAGACCCCAAAAGUAUGCUUCACAAAUGAAUGACAAAUGAUUCACGUUUAUUCAUUAGAUUCAAAGCUAAAUGGCCUGAAUGUGAAUGUGGCCAGGACACGGCCGCGGUUCCCCACUCCGGAGGUGGCAAAAGACGGCAGCACGAAUCCAGGACACCCAGCCACAGCGGCCCUGGCGCAGGCCAUCAACAUGAAGGAUGGCUUUCCAGCAGUCAGCAGAGAGUACCGGGCACAGAUACUCCCGCAGAUGCAGAUGCAGAUGCAGAUACUCCAACCACAAUCUCUCUCCCCUCGAUUCUCGAUUCCGAAGCCUUCUCCGCUGCCACGAACAUCACCACGCUGUCGUUUCCCUUCACGAUGGCCAACAGCAGCGGCGGCGGGGACACCAUUCCCACGGGGACCCUGAGCAUCCUUCCCAUCGCGGCGAACGCCCAGCUGCCGACCAUCACGACAACGGCCAGUGGCUACGAGCCCAAUGACGUCAUCACCACGAUCCCCGUCUCGCUCUCCAUUCAGCGCUCCCCCUCGUCCCUCAGGACGGCU